CUGUACACCGUUAUAAGUGUGCCACAAAACCAACCAAUCACAGACUUGGUUUCAAAAAUUCUGAUUGGCUCUUACGGUCUCCAAUCAGCUCGCUAGCUGCUGCAUUCCGGACACCGGAAACACUGUCCACUCAGCCUCGCUUCUUGCAGAUAGAGGCAUUUUUGAUUUACUCUGCAGCCAAAGAAGAGAUGGCAGAAUCAAAUAAUGGCUCCAAUAAUACUACACCACAGUAUCAGGGUAAUGGUGCAGUUGAGUCAGCAGUAAGAAAUCUGGUGUCUUUGCUGCUUAACAACAUAUCCACAAAUCCUUCAGGGAGGCCAACAGAGAGUGGGCAGCCGGAGCCUAGAACUCUGACUAUCCAGCAAGAGAUGACAAGAUCAUUUCCAGGACAUUUCAAAUCAAACUUGAGCCGUGGUAAAAAGAGAUGUUUUACAUCUACUAAACAGCUUGUCAAGGCAGGCAGUAAGACCACAGGCCUCAGUUUUUAUUUGCUGUCAAAAAACACAUCCUACACUCCUUUGCCAGCUGAGGAGCUUGAACUCCUACAAGCUGGCAUGGGGAGACAAACCGUGUCUCUUCCAGAAGAUGGUGACCAUGCAGAGAUUUCAAGACUUCUGGAAGAAACCUUUCCAAAAAUGGAAUAUCUUUGUGGAGGAUGGCUCUUGCAUAAGGCAACAGGUGGCAGUGGUCGACGAAAGCUCACUGUAAUUCCACCUGAAACAGAAGGAUAUUCUGUCAAAACACUGAAAGCUGUGUCAGGAGGUGGCAAAUCCACUUUUUACAUUGUACCUCUUCAGGAAACAUUAGACACAUCUCCUCUACCUCCCGACUCACAGCACUUUUCAAAGAUGCCAAAGAAGUUAUGUUACCAGUGUAAUGAAGUUAUGCCUCUGCAGAUGCUUGCAGUACACAUCAAUACGUGCAAAGGAAAAUUCUCUCCUGAUGAGACUGAUGAUGAGGAAUCUGAGUUAUGCAUUGUGAAAAGCAAAUGCAAGGUUAUUUGUCCAAUAUGCACUAAGGACUUUCCUGAAGAUGAGAUCACAGUCCACGCAAGUCUGUGUGGGGAUAGCUUUCAAUGCAUGGUGCCUGAAGAAAAUGACCAAACUACAUGCACACCAACUCAAACUUCAGUAUGCACAACAGACAGCGUGGAAGAUGUAUUGCGUUGCCUUGAACAACAAGUCGACACCACAACAGAAUUUAAGUUGUGUGUGGACAGAGAAGACCUUCCAGACAGAGGUAUUCUCCAGUGGCAGAGAAAAAAAUCUGCAUCUCCCACCAGUGUUCUUAGGGUGGUUUUCAUUGGAGAGGCAGGCGUGGAUACAGGAGCACUUAGGAAAGAGUUUUUGAGUGACAUGAUUUCAGGUAUUGAAAGCAGAUUCUUUGAAGGACCUGAGAACAAGGGCAAAAACCCCAAGUAUUCUCUGACCGAUCUUGAUAAUGAAAACUUCAGGUUGGUUACAUACGAGCUUUGUGUAUUACAUUUAAUACGCAUCCGAUAUUUUUGUAAAUGUUACCUGAAAAUGAAUUAUAAUCAUUUGUCUUCACAAAACUUGUGAGGAUAAAGGAAAAUUGCUUCAUGGCUACAAUAUAUUUCAUAGCCUUGCCAUAGCAUUAAUUAUACUGCAUAUAGCUUUAAGAUGGCCUUGAGACAUUUAAACAUACUGACACCAUAUUAAUCUUUCACAGGUGCAGUCAUAACCAUUUAUACAUUGUUAUGUCUUUAUACACAUUGCAGUUAUGUGCUCAUAAGGAGUUGAAGCUUUCCCAGGUAAUAAAGGUCUCAAGCUUCAUCCAGCGUGAAUGUCUGGGUGACCCAUUGGUUAAGAAGCCGGGAGCUUAAGAAAGAUAGCACACAUGCUUACAAAUCACAUAUAUAUAUUACAUAUAACUUAGAACCAGACUUAAGCAUAGGCCUGAAUGUAUUCAGUUAACAUGCUGCACUGGAGCUUUCUUGACAACAGGUGACGCGUGGAGAGGACCAGCCCCUGGAGACCACAGAGGCCUGAGUUCAUUGCCUUUUUUGGAAGAAGAUGCCAAAAAGAGGAACCUCUAUGUUGCAGUUAAUUCUUAAAAUACAUGAAUGUUCUGUACAUGCAAAUUAUGUGCUUGUAAACGCUAGAAGGGGCGUCAUAAUACCCUGAUGCUAUAAAAGCAAUCUGAAGUAUAAUUUUGGCGAAGACUCUUGCUGAUGUGUGCAGUGACUGUCUUCCCGCGCGUGUACUUCAAUAAAAGAUCGCUUGACCCAAACCUUCUGGACUGUCUUGGUUUUGUACUCUCUACCAAUUUCGAACCCUUAACAAACUGUUGGUGAAAUAAUUGCAGUCAGCCUCGCCCAAGGAGGCCCAUCUCCUGCCUUUUUCAAAGAAUGGUGCUACAAUUUCCUCUGCUCAGGAGAGGUUGAUUUCAGCUGUCUGUCUAAGGAGGAUGUUGCAGAUGUGGAAUCUUCCCUGCUCAUCAGCAAAGUUGAAGAUGCAGCAGACAUACAGUCUCUGAUGUUGUGGGCUGAUGAAAUUGUCACCUGUGGAUACACAAACCAGAUAAAGAUGGAUAGUAAGGAAAGCAUGAUACGUGCCAUUGUCUUACACUCUACAACAAGACUGAUUCCAAUGCUACAGCAGCUCAGAAAGGGCAUGGAACUGUAUGGUCUUGUGAACCUGAUGGCUGUAAAUCCUGAAGCUUGCCACAGUUUGUUUGUUCCUGGGAAAAUCCUCAAACCAGACGCUGAUUUCAUUAUGAUGAGCUGCCAACCACAUUUCAGUGAAAAGGGGACAUCUAGGGAGAGAACUGAGAGGAAGAUCAUAAAUUUUUUGCAAGAUUUCUUGCAGGAGAUUGAAGCAUCAG